UUUUAAAGUGUGUGAUGUCAAUAUUUAUUGCUGCCGAAGCCCUACCUCCCCAACCCACGCCAGCACUCCCACCCCAACCGCCAGCCCCACAACCACAACCGGCUCCUCAUCAACCAAGGCAACGGAGGCGUGCUAGGCCACCAAUUUUCCGACCCCGUGUCCUACUUUUUGGGAUGCCAGAUGAUGUGGUUGUACGUAGAUACAGGCUGCCACCACAUCUAAUCCUAGACACUCUCUCCAUAAUAGAGAGUGAUCUGGAGUCUGAAAUUCGGUAUCCUACAGCAAUACCACCAUUGACACAAUUCCUUGCUGUGUUACAUUUUUUGGCUACAGGCUCUUAUCAGCAUGUGGUAGGAGACCUGGUUGGCAUGUCGCAGGGCCAGUUCAGUAAGGUCCUGCGGCGUGUCUGCCAGGCUUUCCUAAAGCGUGUGAAGCAAUUUAUUGCUAUGCCUUUGGAUGUUGGUGCCCUAGAUGUGGUGAAGCGGCAAUUUGAGGAAGGUGGUAGUCGCUUCCCACAUGUUAUUGGGGUUGUGGAUGGCACACAUGUAGCUAUUCAGCCACCAAAACAUAAUGAAGAAAUUUAUAGAAACAGGAAACUGUUUCAUUCUCUGAAUGUAAUGGUUGUUUGUGGGCCAUCCCUCCAGAUCCUUUCCCUGAAUGCAAAGUUUACUGGAAGUUCCCAUGAUGCGUAUGUCAUUAGACAAUCAGGGAUAUGGCACAGAUUAAGAUCAAGUCAACGAGCAGACAUGUGGUUAUUGGGAGACCGUGGAUAUCCUUGCACCCCCUGGCUCAUGACUCCUUACCGUAAUCCCAGGCCAGGACCACAGACGGCAUUUAACUCCGCGCUUACUGCCACUAGGCAGCUGGUGGAGCGCACAAUUGGGGUCCUUAAAGGGCGGUUUCGUGUGCUCCACCGCACUGGUGGCGACAUCAUGUAUUCGCCGGAGAUGGCAAGUAAACUAGUGGUCCUGUGCGCUAUACUACACAACAUCGCGGUAAGGAGUAGCGUAGAGCUUCCUCAGACAGAGGAAUUGCCUGAUGAGGAGCCAGGGGUUGUCCGACACUUCGGUGGGGGGAGUGUUACACGGAGGGGGAGCCAAGUCAGGGCAAGCAUUGUUGCGGAAUAUUUCAGCUGAAUGAUCACACAAACUGUGGACGACCACAACGGCAAGCAACACAUGAGGCACCAUCUCAGCCCCCUUCCCCUUCUCACUCCCCCUCCACUUCCCAGUCCCCCUCCCCUUCUCACUCCCCCUCCCCUUCCCAAUCCCCCUCAGCUUCCCAGUCCCCCUCAGCUUCCCAAUCCCCCUCUGCUUCCCAGUCCCCCUCAGCUUCCC